AUCAGAGCUCAAAAAAGUCGUAUUCAGAGGAAUUUUUGGUGAUUACUCUAAUAGGCGCCCAGCGGCGUUUGUUAUUUAUUUAAAUGCUGGUAGAUAGGGUUUAUUCCCCGGGGUGUAAUCUCGUGGAAACAGAAAAAACAAACGACAAGCGAAAGUUCCUUUUAUGUCAUACUAUCGAGCAAAAUCAAAAUGCAAAAUAAAGACGACUCUGACGAGUCCAAUACUGCCGACGAAGGACGAAAUGGUCAAGGAGAAGACGGAGACGUUGAAAAUCGCUAUCGAUUCAAAGGAGACGACAAAAAACCUUGCGAUCAAACGGCAGUGAACUCGAGCAGAGACGACCCCCCAUGCACGACGAGUCAACAUGAUACGGUUCUGAAACGUUUUAAAAAGAAAAUAAUGCGUAAAAGCGGACGACUUAGCAGGCAACAAGCAUGCGAUAUGGCUUCUAGACAAGAAAACGUAAACGGUCGACCGGAUAGCUUUGAGGAAGACGAUGUAUUUGAGGAACAUAUCUACGAAGUUCCUUUCUCGAAUUCCAGUGCUCGCAACAUCAGCGGGGAAGCAGGAGAUAUGGCGAACGGUAGGUCUGAGAGCGGGGAACAGGGUAAAAAUCAUAGCCGUUCAUCGCAAAGGAACUACACAAGAUACACUGCGCCUACUAGGAAUGUUCCAGAGGUCCCUGGUAGACAAAAUGGCUCAGUUAAGCAUUAUGUGGGCAGUUUAAAUGGAAGUCUAGAACAUACCAACACCAGCUCAGCAAAAAGCAGAAAAGAACGAUUUCUUCAAGGUAAAUCAAUGUCUCUUCCUGCGUCAAGACCUCUUGCGCCGCCACCUGGUGCCACCACCGCAUCAGGCAGUGUUUCCGUACCAUGUGACACGUCUAGUGAGGACUCCAGUAACGAGGAGUCCGUGCAGAAGGCACCAGUUAAAAAACCAGACCUGCGAUCACUAUCACUGCCUUCACCAUCCAAGUUGAACCUCAACUAUCAAUUCCUUAAAGGGCUUAAUGAUCUCUGCAAACGUGGUUGGUAUUGGGGUCCGUUAAGUAGCAAGGAGGCAGAAGUGAAGCUUCAUGGGAAACCCGAUGGUGCAUUCCUCGUUAGGGACAGUAAUGAUAAUCGUUAUCUUCUGAGUCUGAGUUUCAGAUCAGCGCAAACAACAUUGCAUACUCGAAUAGAGUUUUGCAAAGGAAAGUUCAGUUUCUAUUCUGCUCCAUUCAUCAGCAAUGGGAGUUUUGUAUCUGUCGUGGAACUUGUGGAGAACUGUGUGGAAACGUCCAAAGAACGAGUGUACUGUUAUACCAAAGGUCGUGCACGCAAUGGGGCAACCUUUCCAGUACGACUAACAAAACCUAUUUCUCGGUUUGAAUAUGUAUGUACUUUGCAACAUCUGUGCAGAUUUGUUAUCCGUCAGCAUUUUACCCUGGAGAAUAUUAGCGAAAUGCCAUUACCUGGAAUAAUGAAACGAUACCUUCGAAAGAACCACUUUGAUGCACAGCCAAAUGAUGAAUAACUUGUGUUGCAAAACUUUGUGUUUAUAAAUGUUGUGUGACGAGUGCAAUUUAAGCUGUGUGAUAAAUGUAAAUAGAAAAUGUAGAAUGGAAGAAACAGUCAACUAAAAUUAACAACUGUAGUAAGAUUGAUCUAAUUGGCUACCUGGCUGGCUGGGUAAUUGCAUACUAACACUGAAAUAUAAAAAGCAUUUAGACCUAAUGAAUUGUUACACAAAAUACAAGUCUUAUGAAAAGUCUUAGAUAGUACUAGACACCCUCUUUAUAAUAAAUAAAAAUGAAUAUAUUUGCUUUUUCAUUUUCAA